ACACGGUGGCAGGACAACAUGAUGAAUCCUGAGCCUCAGCCGUAAGCGAAUUGGUGGAUUUACUAUGGCGAAGACUGAGCUCAUUCAUUUUCUUUUCAUCGAGCUGACGUCAACUCGCCGAGUUCUUGAAGAGCUUGCUGGCGAAAAUUAUUUAAUAUUCCAUCGUCAGUCUUUUGACAAAUCAGAUUGGCGUGCUGACCGAACGUCACGUUGCGUGAUUAAUAUUCAUGAGAAGACCAUCGCCGUAGUAGGAUGGAAUCGGUGGGAUGGUAUUGGGGUCACUGUGAAUAUGGCGGCUGCCUUGGAAAAUGAAUUGGAAGUAGAUAACGAAGAUUAUUAUUCUCUGCUCAAUGUCAGGAGAGAGGCUACUCAAGAGGAGUUGAAGUCGUCGUACAGGCGUCUUUGUAUGCUGUACCACCCUGACAAACACAGAGACCCUGAGCUAAAGAAGCAGGCUGAACAACUCUUCACCUACGUACACCAGGCAUAUGAGGUUCUCAGUGACCCACAAUCCCGAGCCAUAUAUGACAUAUUUGGGAAAAAAGGCCUAGAGGUAGAAGGUUGGGAGGUGGUGGAGAAGAAAAGGACCCCUGCAGAGAUCAGGGAGGAAUAUGAACGUUUACAGAGGGAGAGAGAUGAGAGGAGACUCCAGCAGAGAACAAACCCUAAGGGGACAAUAAGUGUUGGCAUAGAUGCGACAGACCUUUUCGACCGAUAUGAUGAAGACUUUGAGGAUGUACCAGGAGGAGGUUUUCCCCAUAUUGAGAUCAACAGGAUGCACAUUUCCCAAUCCAUCGAGGCACCCUUAACCACUUCAGAUACCGCCGUCCUCUCUGGAUCUCUGUCUACGCAUGAUGGCAAUGGGGGAGGAAAUAUAAACCUUUGUGUGCGGCGUGUGACUUCAGCAAGAGGCUGGGGAGAGCUGGAGUUUGGUGCAGGGGACAUUAGAGGACCUUUAUUUGGGAUGAAAGUGUUCCGUAACGUUACUGCACGCUGCUUUGUGACUGCCCAAUGGGGUUUGCAGUUCUCCUCGCGUGGCGUACGGCCCAGUGCCACUACAAUGAUGGCCCGCCACCUGGACAUGAACACUAUGGGCUACCUGCAGUGGCGCUGGGGAAGCCCGUCUGCCAUGACCACCAGCAUAGUCAGGGACACCAAAACAAGCCACUUCACCCUGGCCUUGCAGCUGGGCGUUCCUCACUCCUACCUGAUGAUGAGCUAUCAGUACAAAUUCCAGGAUGAAGACCAGACUAAGGUCAAAGGGUCCAUUAAGACUGGGUUCUUUGGCACCCUGGUUGAAUAUGGUGCAGAGCGUAAGAUUAGUCGCCACAGUGUUGUGGCCGCAACUGUCAGCAUUGGUGUACCCCAAGGAGUCUCCCUCAAAAUCAGGUUGAACAGAGCCAGUCAAACCUACCUCUUCCCUAUUCACUUAACCGACCAGAUUUUACCCAGUGCUGUGUUUUAUGCCACUGUGGGCCCGCUGGCCAUCUACUUAGCUGUCCAGAAACUUAUUAUUAUGCCUUACGUACGAGCCCAGAAGGAACAGGAGUUGGAGAAACAGAAGGAGGUUUCUGCUUCAGAAAUUGCUCGCAGGAAGCAAGAGGCUGAAGCUGCUGUUUUGCUGAUGCAAGAGUCAGUGAAGAGAAUUAUCGAUGCUGAGGAAUCUAAAAUGGGUCUCCUCAUUUUAAAUGCUUGGUAUGGCAAAUUUGUGUCCGACAAUAGUCAGAAACGCGAGAGCGCAAAGGUCAUUGAUGUGACCGUCCAGCUCCAGUGCUUAGUGAAAGACUCCAAGCUCAUUCUUACCGAAGCAUCAAAGGCUGGCUUGCCAGGGUUUUAUGACCCAUGUGUCGGCGAGGAAAAGAGCCUAAAAAUGCUGUACCAAUUUAGAGGAGCCAUACAUCAAGUCUUAUCCGGAGACACAGAGCCUCUUAAAAUACCCAAACAAUCUCAUAGAAUUGAUUCGGAGACAUAGGAGUCUACAACACUGGAAGAAAGAGCUCAAUGGACAUCAAAGGAACAUAAUGGACAGUCAGACAUUAAGUGAUCCGAAGGGCUGCUCCUCUACAUUUCAUGAAGUCACCCGUGUAUCACCUUUGUGUUGUCUGUUUAUCUCAAAUCCCUGACAUAUAUCGUCAAUGGGUCGAUCACGUCCUAACAUCUCCUUAAUAUCUGGAGUCUUAACUGAGACUACCGAUGAACCCCCAGAACCCAUCCGCAGCUUGGAUAGCUGUCUGUUGUCAGGAGGUGAGAGGAGGUCAAAUGUCAUAUCACUCCAUCCAUUAAUCUUAAUGUUAAAGGGGUCCUAUUAUGCUCUUUUGCUAAAUCUUGAUUUUGAUUCAGGGGUAUACCAGAACUAGAAAAAUUAUUUUUCACCUAUUUUACAUUAUUACAACACCUUCCAAGUCUGGCAUGAACGGCUCGAAUAGUUCCUGUAUCAAAUGAAGACACGCCUUCUUAAAUACAAAAUGUGCUGUGAUUGGUUACUUUUUUAGGCUCAAACAGCAACAUUACAGACUAACUAAAGUUGAAAAAAAGUUAAAACGCAUAAUAGGACCCCUUUAAUACUGCGACUGGAAAGUAUGGCAAUAAAACUCCUUUAACAAAACUGUACUUGAAAUGUAUGGUUCAAAGUAUGAUGAAGGGCUGUAUAAACGGUGGUUUCAUAAUACGUGCUGAUACUGACAGAUGUUUUUGUAUGUUUGUACACUAGGCUUAAGAAAAGGGAAACUUAUGCUCACACUGCCUCCAAAAUCAAUCCUGUAGAAGCUGCAUUUAGUAGACCAGAGAAUCAUGAUUUCAUUUUCCUCCACGAGAAGUGUUAUUUGGAUAACACCUGUGUAUCAUGUUAAGUAUAUACAGUAAAAUACAGUAUUUGUAUUUUAAGGUGAAUCUCACAAAGAAAUGUUUGGGUCAUAUUUUGCCUGAGAAUGUGGAAAAUAUUAAAAAAUAAGUGGAAAAUCGUUAAAGGAACACUACACUAAUUUCUGAAUAUGGUCUCAAGAGGACUGUUUCCAGGCGCUGCGUAAUAUCACUGCGACUGCUGCACCUGUGGUACGGCAGCAAAAUUAUUACACCGGAAUGAAAAUUAUUACACCGGAAUGAAAGCAUAGUUCCUAGCCAUAUCGGCCUAGAACAUCACAACUUUUCAUUUUCUGCCGGUCUUCGUACACAAUGUAACUACAGAAGAGUCAAGUUUUAAAUAGGAAAAAUAUUGAAACUCUUUGGUCAUUUUUGAGCGAGAUGCUAACGGUCUAAUCAGAUUCGAUGAUCUAUGCUAAGCUACAGCUAAAGUGGUGCCGCCAGACCCUGAGAUCGGCUGAAUGGAUUCAAGAACGGUAAAACUCAACUGUUUGAAUUUAGGGGAGAUGGAAAAUGAGCCUAUUUUCAAAAAUUGUGGAGUGUUCCAUUAAAUCACUUUGCUUAUUUUAGUACAAUCAGAUCUUUUUAUGUGCAUUAUAUGUAUAACAGUUGAGCAUAUUGCAAGCCAAGUUCUACUUUUAAAAACAACUCUCUCAUUACUGUAAUGUGAAUAUUUUAAUUUCUGUGAUGCAUGAAAAAAAAUCUGUAUGCAUUAAAUUGAUUUAUUUAAAAUGCAUCACUGAUUAUGAUAUAUUGUGUAUUAUUGUAGGUUACUGACAAUUUGAGAAAAAGGUUUAAACAAACUUCCAAGAAAUCUUAAAAAAUAAGAACCAUUUUUUAAUGCUUUUUUCACCUUUAGUCUGUAUUCAAGCCACAUCAAAUAUACUUGAACAUUAUUUUCUCCAAAUUUAAAAUCCUUAAUGAAGUCAACAGUAUUACAUAGUCAGAGCAGAGGUCCAGUGAAUCGGAUCAAGGUCGGGCUGUUUAGCUUGUUCUUAGCAUCUGGAUGUUUGCUUUGAUAGCAACUAGCUUCUCCUGAUCGGUUUUCUUAAGUUUUAAUGACUUGAAAUUUCAGCAGCAGUGCUCAGACUUUUGGAUAUUGAAUAAGGGAACAACAUGAUAUUAAAUAUCCAUCAUGUCAAAUAAUUGUAAAAAACCCUCUGAACACUCUAUAUAUACUAUAUAACACACCCUUUUUUUUCCUUAGAGUGAACCAUUGUGACAUGACCAUUUUGUUGAAUUUUUUAUUGUUUUAUUAUUGCUUUUGUCAGUAAGGCAGUGUCUACGUGAUUUGAGUCUGUAGAUGUUUAUUUGUAACCGUCUUUCCAGUUCACCUUUCAUCUGGGAUAUAAGAGGGGGGAAAUACAUUAAAAUAUCAAAUUCAUUUUGUUGUUGGAGUGUCAACAAUAAUCUGGAGUCUGAAUCUCCCAGAAUCCUUGGUCAGUGAUAAAUACAUGAGCUAUUGACAGACCAUGGCAUAUUGUUGUUAAACGGCCUUUAAACAUUCUCUGGUUUUUGCAACUCUGAAAGAAACUGGUAUUACAUUCCCGCCUGAUGCAAAACCUUAUCAAUGUAUUAAAUUAGUCAUCCUGAAGAGUCAUUUAAAUAAAAAGUUCAGAAACCUA